AUGACGCUGCGUCAUGAUAAACGAGCAAGAUCUGCAAAUCCCACAAGUAUCCAUGACUGUGCCAAGUCUGGAGAUAUCGUCGGCGUUCGGAAUAAGCUUCAAGAGAAUCCAUCUCUUCUCAACUAUCCAAAUGAUACCCCGGUGAUUGUUUCUUUUCGAUUGUUUGCUUUAACUCAGCUGGCACAGACACCACUUCAUUUUUCUGCUGGUUGCGGUCAUGUUGAGAUAGUUAAGCUUCUGCUUGAUUGGCAAGGAACAGAAAAGGUCGAGUUAGAGGCCAAAAAUGUGUUUGGAGAUACCCCAUUGCAUAUGGCAGCAAAGAAUGGUUGUAGUAUAGCAGCAAAAGUGCUUCUUGAUCAUGGUGCUUUUGUAGAGGCAAAAUGCGAUAUUGGAAUGACUCCCUUGCACCUUGCUGUAUGGCACUCACUCAGUGAAGAGAAUUGCCUAAUUGUGAAGACGUUGCUUGAGUACAAUGCUGAUUGCAGUGUUAAGGACAACGAUGGCAUGACUCCUUUAGAUUAUCUAUCAAAAGCUCCGGAAAGUAAGAAGUUAUGGGAACUUUUCCAUUGUCAUAUCGAAGCGCAGAGGAUGCGCAGAGCCAAAGAAGAAUACAAUGAGAUGAAAGAGAAGAUGACUGAACUUGAAGAGGCUUUAACAAAUCUUGUAGGAUUGUAUGAACUCAAGCUACAACUACGAAAAUGGGCUAAGGGAAUGCUCUUAGAUGAGAUGCGGAGAGCCCUUGGGCUCAAGAUUGCUGCACGGAAGCUGCCUCAUAUGGCAUUCCUUGGAAAUCCUGGAACAGGUAAAACAAUGGUUGCUCGAAUCCUUGGGCGACUACUCCAUAUGGUGGGAAUUUUACCUACUGAUAAAGUAACAGAAGUGCAGAGGACUGAUUUGGUUGGAGAAUUUGUUGGGCAUACAGGGCCCAAGACUAGAAGAAAGAUCAAAGAAGCAGAGGGAGGAAUUCUUUUUGUGGAUGAAGCCUAUCGGCUGAUACCCAUGCAGAAGGCUGAUGAUAAGGACUAUGGGUUAGAGGCCUUAGAGGAGAUCAUGUCUGUUAUGGACAGUGGAAAAGUCGUCGUCAUAUUUGCUGGCUACAGUGAACCAAUGAAACGGGUAAUCUCCUCAAAUGAAGGCUUCUGUAGAAGGGUGACCAAAUUCUUCUUCUUUAGUGACUUCAGUUCUGAAGAACUAGCUCAGAUACUCCAUCUAAAGUUGAAAUAUCAAGAAGAGGACAGUUUGCUGUACGGGUUCAAGCUGCACCCAUUAUGUACUGUUGAUGCUAUUUCAAAUCUGAUAGAGAGAGGAACAACCGAGAAGCAGCGAAAAGACAUGAAUGGAGGCUUAAUAGAUCCAUUGCUAGUCAAUGCUAGAGAGAACCUGGACCUUAGGCUUGAUUUUGACUGUACAGAUGCUGAUGAGCUACUUACAAUCACCCAUGAAGAUCUAGAAGCAGGCCUUUGGUCGCUAUCCCAAUGAGAAAUUUAAGAUGAGU